AUUAUACUGGUGCUCUAAAUAUUACAGCAAAAAUUGAUAAGGGACAAUCUCCUGCAAGAGCAUGAAACAUGCCUUAAAUCGAAAUCGAUAACAACAGUAAGAGAUUAACUGACAUUAGCUCCAUUAAAAGAAUUUAUGCAAGAUGGACUUGACUACAAGUUUUACAGAGGAUUUCCUAACAUGCUCAAUCUGUUGUAAAGUCUACACUAAACCAGUGUGUCUGCCUUGUUAUCAUGUAUUCUGUGAAUCGUGUUUGCAGACGCUAAUCAGAAAAUCAAUUGUUGAGGACAAAAAGCCCCUUUGUCCAAUCUGUAAGAAAUCGUUUAAAUCAGAGUCGAAAUUUGAAUACGAUCACGCGCUUAUGAGUUUAAUCGAGGAACUCUCAGUUACAGGGAAUCUGCUAUGUUCGUUUUGCCAGCUACGGUCAGAGCAGAAAGAGGUAGUGUCAAAAUGUUUAACAUGUAACGAAUUGCUAUGUGACGUUUGCAGUGGUUCAAGACACACCUUCACAACUUUAACAGCCAAUCACAAAGUUGUUUCUUACAAAGAUUUUUUGGCGGGAAAAUAUGAAGCGGAGAGUACAAGCAUCGCAUGCAAUAAGCACCUCGGAAUGAGCCUUGAGUUUUAUUGCCGGGAAUGUCGGAUACCCUUCUGCAAAGAGUGCUUUUAUUUUGAACACAGAGCACAUGAUUAUGUCAAUGUAUCACUGGUGAAAACAGGGAUAGAAAGGGAGACAGAAAAGGUACUAGAAAACUUGAGUAAAACCAGUGAUGAAUUAAAACAAAGAGAAUUUUCUUUAGCUUCAAUAGAAAACGAAAUAAUAGAAAAUGAAAAGACAACUUUAGAGCAAGUUGCAAUCACUUUCGACAACUUCCUCGACAAAUUGACUUGUCAUCGUCAGAUUGCUGAGAAUAAAAUCAAACAAAACUCCAAAGAAGAAAAACAGAAAAUCAGUACUUUAAUUCGUCAGAACUCCCAAACCCAAAAAGAAUUAAAAGGGAUUGUUUCCUUUUACGAAAAACUCCUAUCAAGCAAACGAGAUUCUAAAAUCAUCUGUUUAGGACUAGAUUUCAAAAAGAGUCUUAGUGUGGUCGAGACUCUUGGUAAUUCAGAAGUGAAUGUCUCUUUCAUAGAUAUCAAGAAGUCUGACGAAAAAGACUUCAAUGCAUUUGAUUUGAAAAUCCUCCAAUCGAAUAAAAUGCUUGGGACAGAUGGAAUGUUUAUCCAUUCUCACAUUUGUGAUGCGACAAAAAAACCAUGGUCUUCGUCUGCUGUAGUGAAGGAGACGAAAGAUGUAGUGCUUGCCCAGGCACCCGUUCUUUCAGAACCAGAACAUCAAAACAACCACGAAAUAUGUAUUGUUUCGAGUAAACAAGAACAUCUUCUACACCCCUCAAGAAAACCUGAGAAAGUAUAUUCUGCUCAAAUCAAAGAUAAUGAAGGUAGUUCUAGUACUGAACGUGGCAAAAUUGGCAAAGACCUAGAACAGAAAAUAAGGGCAAAAAACGUAUCAGAUGACAAGACUGUUCCUCGCAUGCACAAAGAUACAUCUAAAAAUUCUGCUUCGAACAGCUCAAAUACACCGACUCCAGAGGAGUGGAAGCAAGCUGAACUGGAUCUGAUACCAGAAUGUUCAGUCGCAAUAGAUAUUUAUGGGAGAGGGGAAAAGCCACAAAAAAUAGUCUACACUAAUGUGACAUGGAUAGACAGAUCGACGUUUGUGGUAACUGACAAUGAAAACGCAAAACUCAUUGUCAUAAAGUUUGCAGGGGAACACGUGGAACGGCAUUUGAUACCUGUAGAGGAUGCUGUUACUGUUGCUAAGUUUUAUGGUUAUCUCGCUGUGAAGACGCAGACAGGCAAGGUAAAAAUCUUGACUUACCCUGGACUUGAACAAAAACAAACGUUUGAUGGAGUAAGCGCUAUUGCGUCACAGUCGUCGAAGUUGAUAUUGGUGACAAAUAGUUAUAUCGAGAUCUUCUGUAACGGUAAAAUCGAGAAAAAGUUUUCUUUUAAAGAAAGGGGAAAGGAAUUCAAAUUUAAUCGGGUUUUCGAAGCAUGCUAUCUUCCAAACCAGACAUUUGUAGUUACAGAUGCUUGUGAUCGGUGUCUGUUUUUCAUCAACAGUGAAGGCAACAUAAGCAACAGAGUCUUUUACGUGGAGUCUGGGUCCUAUGGAGCAAUUUCAUGUGAUAAAAACAACUUUGUCUAUCUGGCUAGCUAUAAUGAGGACGUUGUGAAUGUCUACAACACAGAGGCGACAUGUGUGAGAAUAAUUUCUUUAUGUGGAGUUUUGUUUGUAAGAAGUAUAGAUGUGCUUUUGGGGAAUCAAAUGUUGAUUGCAACUCAAGACAUAGUCAGACUAUACCACCUCUAGUUAUGAAUUUGGUAAUUAAAAUAUACAUGCACUUAAAGAAGGCUAAAAUGCAUGUACAAGUUUACUUGGGUGGGUAGACGGUCAAGGUAAAACAUGUUUGUUUUAAUCUUUUCUCAUGACUUUAAUCGAUGAUCAAUAUUGUAGUGUGUCAUAUUAUAAAGUGCUUUUAUUCGUUUGCCCUAAUACAUACGUGAUAGUCACAAAAAUGUGCCUUACGAAUGGAUUCUUUAUACUAUGUACAUAUGGAAAUUUAAGGAAGGUUAAUUAUACUAAUGGAUAACAUAUCAAAGCAUUUCUGACAAAUA